AUAUUAGUAUAAAAACACUCACAAACACAUGCUGGUCUGGCUCUGCUAAUAAUAGUGAUGUCAACUAAUGACCAUCCAUUAUCCUGACCUGCUGCUGGUUUAUUGUGUUAUACAGUAUGUGGGAAUUGGGAAAUACUCUGAUGAUGAUGAUUAUAUUGAUAAGCAGUCCAUGUGUGGGGCCCAUUGGAAAAUGUGACAGUAGAAGGGGAGCAGCUGUGCUCCCCCUCUGAAGCUCAGAAGCAGGCGUGAAAAAAUAACAUCCUCCCCUGCUGUGGCCCGCCAAGGAAUCUGUAGGUCGAGCCCACUCCCAGGUGGAUUGACGGGGACUACGUCAUGUAGGAAUGCCCCUCUGGCAGUUGCAUCAACAUGGGGCAGAGACAGGAGUUGUGCGGGCCAAUUCUUUGAUCAACCAACAAUUACUAUCUGGGCUAAAGUCAACCAGCGACAGCAAACACAGCGGUGACUCACGGUUGUCUGUCAGUUGGUGACUGAUUGGUGAUAACGCAGCUCUGACUGAGACCCAGGACGAAUUCUGAGCACAUUUGUUUUCUGAUCAAAUCUCUGGUCUCGUCUUGUGUGAGACGCAGACGUGAUCCCUUAUCUGAGACAGAAAGAGUUUUUCAACUGAUCCUUGAAGCAACUUUUUUUAUUUUGUCUCACGUCGUUCCUUGCGUUGAAAUUCACUCCCUCUCUUGUGUCAGCUGCUCCCACACAAGGUGUGGACAGUCCCCGACCAGACUCUCAGACCUGAGGAAUGUGUGGCUUUUGUUUGCUGUCGUCCACCCUGUGUCGCUGUGCAGGUGGAUACUUCUGGGCUGGGAUAGCUGUAGUGUGUGUGUGUGUGUGUGUGUGUGUGUGUCUGUGUUUUUACCUCCCCCCAGGCUGCACAGCUGAGUGUGGGAGGGGCCUCCUCCCCCCCGCCUCCUACUCCUCCUCAGCCUGGAUGUGUGAGACGGCCGCUCUCAGUCAAAGAAGCACACUGAGGAGUAAAGUUGAGUGUAUGAGUUUGAGCGAGGAGAAACUUUUUUUUUUUUUUGUUUGGAUAUGCAGGCCGCUCGUUUUUCUUUUGGAUUUAGCUCUGAUUUAUUAAACAACAGCUAUUGACGAUGCAAGGACGAGCGGGUAAAGCUCCUAAAAAGGAGCUGGUCAUUGAGAGUCCACAGCAGUACAAAGGUCUGCCCACAACUGAGGCUGAGGCAGAGUCAGUGCCACAGGUGGCGGUUAAACCAAAGGUGAUCGAACCGCUGGACUAUGAAAAUGUGCUGGUGCAGAGAAAGACACAGAUCCUCAGUGAUGUCCUCAGAGACAUGCUGCAGUUCCCUCUGGAGGACUUUGAGAUUUCAACUUUGAGGAGGCAAGGCAGAACAAUUUACCCCACGGUCCCUGACAACGCAGAGAAGGAGGCCCACAGUCUGUUUGUCCAAGAGUGCCUCAAGACCUACAAGUCCGACUGGCAUGUGGUCAACUACAAGUAUGAGGACUAUUCUGGAGACUUCCGACAGCUUCCACAUAAAGUGUCCAGGCCUGAUAAGCUGGCUGUCCAUGUGUUUGAAGUGGACGAGGACGUGGACAAAGAUGAGGACACGGCCUCCCUGGGAUCCCAGAAAGGUGGAAUCACCAAACACGGCUGGCUGUACAAAGGGAACAUGAACAGUGCCAUCAGCGUCACCAUGAGGUCGUUUAAGAGGAGAUACUUCCACCUGACUCAGCUCGGAGACGGAUCUUAUAAUUUGAACUUCUACAAAGACGAGAAGAUCUCCAAGGAGCCGAAAGGAACCAUAUUUUUGGACUCCUGUAUGGGCGUGGUUCAGAACAACAAGGUUCGAAGGUUUGCGUUCGAGCUGAAGAUGCAGGACAAGAGCACGUACCUGCUGGCUGCAGACAGCGAGCUGGAGAUGGAGGACUGGAUCAACACCCUCAACAAGAUCUUACACAGCAGCUUUGAGAUCGCCAUGCAGGAGAAGAGGAACGGCGACGUUCACGAUGACGAUGAUCUUGGAAAGUCAGACAGUUCCUCUGGCAGCAUGGACAGCUUUCAGAGCACCAGAGACAUCGAGUCCAGGAUGAGGAGUGAGACCAGACUGAAGCUGUUCACCCUGGACCCUGACACACAGAAACUCGAUUUCUCAGGGAUUGAACCGGACGUGAAGCAGUUUGAGGAGAAGUUUGGCAAAAGAGUCCUGGUGAACUGCAACGACCUCUCCUUCAAUCUGCAAAGCUGCGUGGCCGAGAACGAAGAAGGACCUACGACCAACGUGGAGCCCUUCUACGUCACUCUCUCACUUUUUGAUAUCCAGAAUGGGCGGAAGAUCGCCUCUGACUUUCAUGUGGACUUAAAUCAUCCUUCUGUGAGGGGCAUGGUGCCUAACAACAUCAGCCAGUACAUAAACGGAGGAGAAGACGCUCACGCUGAGGCCCAGCGGUCGGUCCAUGGGGUCCCAGAAGCUGCCAUGCACUACCCUCGACAGGGAGUCUUCUCAGUAACAUGUCCUCACCCUGACAUCUUCCUGGUGGCUCGUAUAGAGAAGGUGCUCCAGGGUGGAAUCAACCACUGCGCCGAGCCGUACAUGAAGAGCUCGGACUCCACUAAGGUGGCGCAGAAGGUCCUGAAAAAUGCCAAGCUGGCAUGUAGCAGGCUGGGGCAGUACAGGAUGCCUUUUGCCUGGGCAGCAAGGCCUUUGUUCAAAGACGCUUCAGGGACACUUGACAAAAGUGCUAGAUUUUCAGCUCUCUACAGACAGGACAGCAACAAACUGUCCAACGACGACAUGCUGAAGCUGCUGGCUGACUUCAGAAAGCCAGAGAAAAUGGCAAAGCUGCCUGUAAUCCUAGGAAACCUUGAUGUUACCAUUGACAGCGUUGCUCCCGACUUGACAAAUUGUGUUACCUCAUCCUACAUUCCUGUGAAGCAGUUCGACAUCAGUGAGCGAACCAACAUCUUCUUCGAAGUGGAGGAGUUUGUGCCGUGCAUUGCCAAGUGUUCCCAGCCUUUCACCAUCUACAACAACCACCUCUACGUCUACCCUAAGCACUUGAAAUAUGACGGACAAAAGUCAUUCGCAAAGGCUAGAAACAUAGCUGUCUGCAUUGAGUUCAAGGACUCGGACGAAGAGGAGGCUGCUUCGUUAAAGUGCAUCUACGGUCGACCUGGAGGACCAUUGUUUACCAAGAACGCCUUUGCUGCAGUUCUGCAUCACCAGCAGAACCCUGAGUUUUAUGACGAGUUCAAGAUUGAGCUGCCGACUCAGCUGCAUGAGAAACACCACCUGCUCUUCACCUUCUACCACGUCAGCUGUGAAAACAACAGCAAGGCCAGCACCAAGAAGAGAGAGCUUGUGGAAACACAAGUGGGUUACGCCUGGCUGCCAUUGCUGAAAGAUGGCCGGGUGAUCAUGAACGAGAAUCAGGUUCCUGUGGCUGCUAACCUACCUGCAGGAUAUCUAAGCUGUCAGGAAGGAGCUGCAAAGCAUUCAGGUCCUGAAGUCAAAUGGGUGGAUGGAGGCAAACCUUUGUUCAAGGUGUCCACUCACCUAGUCUCCACUGUUUACACUCAGGAUCAACAUUUGCACAAUUUCUUUGAUCACUGUCAGAACAUCACAUCUGGAUCACAGGUGUCAGGAGGACAGCUGGUCAAAUACCUGAAGAGUCUGCAUGCCAUGGAGAGUCAUGUGAUGAUCAAGUUCCUGCCCACCAUUCUGAAUCAGCUGUUCAGAGUGCUGACCAGUGCCACCCAGGAGGAUGUAGCAGUCAACGUCACCAGAGUCAUGAUUCACGUUGUUGCCCAGUGCCAUGAGGAGGGGUUGGAACAUUACCUGAGAUCGUAUGUGAAGUUUGUAUUCAAGACAGAGCCGUACACGUCCAGCCCUAGGACGGUGCACGAGGAGUUGGCCAAAGCUAUGACUGCCAUCCUUAAACCUUCCACUGACUUCCUCACCAGUAACAAGCUGCUGAAGUACUCCUGGUAUUUCUUUGAAGCCCUUGUCAAGUCCAUGGCUCAGUACCUGAUUGAGAGCUGUAAAGUGAAGCUGUCCAGGAACCAGAGAUUCUCUGCAUCUUUUCACCACACGGUGGAGACACUGGUCAACAUGAUGAUGCCUCACAUCACACAGAAGUACAAGGACAACCUGGAUGCUGCUAGAAACGCCAACCACAGUCUGGCGGUCUUUAUCAAGCGCUGUUUCAACCUGAUGGACAGAGGCUUUGUGUUCAAGCAGAUCAACAACUACAGCAACUGUUUCAUGCCUGGAGACCCAAAGACACUCUUUGAGUUUAAGUUUGAGUUCCUGCGUGUUGUGUGCAACCACGAGCACUACGUCCCCUUAAACCUGCCCAUGCCCUUUGGUAAAGGAAGGAUACUGAGAUUUCAAGACCUCCAGCUGGAUUACUCGCUGACUGAUGACUUCUGUAAAAACCACUUCCUGGUUGGUCUGCUGCUCAGGGAGGUCAGUGCAGCUCUGCAGGAGUUCAGGGAGAUCCGUCAGAUUUCCAUCCACGUGCUGAAGAACCUGAUGAUAAAGCACACAUUUGAUGAACGCUACAGCUCCAAGAGUCAGCAGGCCAGGCUGGCCACGCUGUAUUUACCCCUGUUUGGCCUCCUCCAAGAAAAUGUCAACAGGCUGAACGUGAAGGAAGUGUCUCCUUUCACCAUCAACCACUCUAACAAUAAUGGAAGAGAGGAGUCACUUCACACCAACCCUCUGAUGACCCCUCCCAGGUCCAGUACCUUUUUGGACACCAGUUUACACAAAGAUGUUUUUGGCGUCAUCUCAGGAACAGCAUCCCCUCACGCAUCAUCCACACCCAACAUUAACUCUGUGCGUCACGCGGACUCUCGCGGCUCACUCAUCAGCACGGAUUCUGGUAACAGUCUGCCAGAGAGGAACGUUGAUAAAGGAAAUUCUCUGGACAAGAACCAGGCGUCCUCCACCCUGGGCAGCACUCUGCUGCGGUGUGAUAAACUGGACCAGGUGGAGAUCAAGAGUCUCCUCAUGUGUUUCCUGCAUGUGCUGAAGAGCAUGUCUGAAGAUGCUCUGUUCACAUACUGGAGCAAAGCCUCAGCUGCAGAGCUCAUGGACUUCUUCACUCUGAUAGAAGUCUGCCUCCAUCAGUUUAGAUACAUGGGGAAAAGAUACAUCGCAAGGAACCAGGAUGGGGCAGGACCUGUAGCUCAUGAGCGGAAGUCUCAGACUCUGCCUGUGUCCCGUAACAGGACAGGAAUGAUGCAUGCCCGCUUACAGCAGCUCAGCAGCCUGGAUAACUCAUACACUUUUAACCACACCUACAGUCACUCUGAUGCUGACGUGUUGAAUCAGUCGUUGCUGGAGGCCAACAUCGCCACUGAGGUGUGCCUGACUGUCCUGGACACGCUCAGCAUCUUCAUUAUGAGUUUCAAGACACAGCUUUGUGCUGACCACGGACACAGUCCACUCAUGAAGAAGGUGUUUGAAGUCCACCUUUGUUUUCUGCGUAUCAACCAGUCAGAAACUGCCCUCAAGCAGGUCUUCACCUCACUACGCACCUUCAUCUACAAGUUUCCCUGCACCUUCUUCGAAGGCCGUGCCGACAUGUGUGCCGCGUUCUGCUACGAGAUCUUGAAGUGCUGUAACUCCAAGCUGAGCUCCAUUCGCAGCGAUGCAGCCCAUCUGCUCUACUUCCUCAUGAAGAGCAACUUUGACUACACUGGUCGCAAAUCCUUCGUCAGGACGCACUUACAGGUGGUGAUCGCUGUCAGUCAGCUGAUCGCUGAUGUCAUCGGUAUCGGAAGUACACGCUUCCAGCAAUCUCUGUCAAUCAUCAACAACUGUGCCAACAGUGACAAAACCAUUAAGAACACAGCUUUCCCCUCCGAUGUGAAGGAUCUGACCAAACGCAUCAGAACAGUGUUGAUGGCCACGGCUCAGAUGAAGGAGCAUGAGAGAGACCCAGAGAUGCUGGUGGACCUGCAAUACAGUCUGGCCAAAUCAUACGCCAGCACACCUGAGCUGCGCAAGACCUGGCUGGACAGCAUGGCCCGGAUCCACGUGAAGAACGGAGACUUGUCGGAGGCAGCCAUGUGCUACGUUCACGUUGCAGCACUCGUGGCAGAAUAUCUGCAGAGAAAAGGCAUGUUUAAACAGGGAUGCUCAGCAUUCCUGGUGGUGACGCCAAACAUUGAUGAAGAAGCAGCCAUGAUGGAGGACGUCGGCAUGCAGGACGUCCACUUCAACGAGGACGUCCUCCUGGAGCUUUUAGAGGAGUGUGCGGAUGGACUGUGGAAAGCUGAGCGAUACGAGCUCAUCUCUGACAUCUACAAGCUCAUCAUUCCUAUUUAUGAAAAGCGCAGAGACUUUGAGAAACUGGCCCAUCUGUACGACACGCUGCAUCGUGCCUACAGUAAAGUGACGGAGGUGAUGCACUCGGGCAAAAGGCUGCUGGGGACGUACUUCAGAGUGGCCUUCUUUGGACAGGGCUUCUUUGAGGAUGAGGACGGUAAGGAGUACAUCUACAAAGAACCCAAGUUCACCCCCCUGUCUGAAAUAUCCCAGAGGCUCCUCAAACUCUACUCUGACAAGUUUGGACAGGAAAAUGUGAAGAUGAUCCAGGACUCUGGAAGGAUCAACCCCAAAGACCUGGACUCUAAGUACGCGUACAUUCAGGUGACACAUGUCACUCCAUACCUGGAGGAGAAGGAGCUGGUGGACAGGAAGACAGAUUUUGAAAGGAGCCACAACAUUCGUCGCUUUGUCUUUGAGAUGCCGUUCACUAUAUCAGGCAAAAAGCAGGGCGGAGUGGAGGAGCAGUGCAAACGCAGGACGAUAUUAACAACCACACAUUGCUUCCCUUACGUGAAGAAGCGUAUUGCAGUGAUGUAUCAGCACCACACUGACCUGAGCCCCAUCGAGGUGGCCAUCGAUGAGAUGAGCAAGAAGGUGGCGGAGAUCAAACAGCUGUGUUCUGCCAGUGAGGUGGACAUGAUCCGACUGCAGCUCAAACUGCAGGGCAGCAUCAGCGUGCAGGUCAACGCAGGACCACUGGCAUAUGCGCGAGCUUUUCUGGAUGACUCAAGCGCCAAGAAGUAUCCAGAUAACAAAGUCAAACAGCUGAAAGAAGUCUUCAGGCAUUUCGUGGAGGCCUGUGGCCACGGUUUAGGCAUCAACGAGCGGCUGAUCAAAGAAGACCAGCAGGAGUAUCAUGAUGAAAUGAAAGCCAACUACAGAGACCUGGCCAGAGAGCUGUCCAUCAUCAUGCACGAGCAGAUCAGUCCUGUAGAAGACGGCAUGAAGAGCGUUCUUCCUGAUUCGCUCCAUAUCUUUAACGCCAUCAGCGGCACGCCCACCAGUGCUACCAUCCAUGGCAUCCCCAGUUCGUCUUCUGUGGUAUGAUGAUGCCGACCUGGGAUAUCCAUGACCCCGGGUGUCUCUGAGGUCACCCAGAAACUAGGCAUGUGCCUGUGAACUGAAUCCUGAUUUUGUUGGAUAUAAAGUAGACUGACUCAUGAGCUCAGACAAACGUUAGCACCUCUGACUCUUUUGGCUCGACUGUGACCAAGGCACUGGACUGUUUGAACAAACACAGCUGGCACAGGGAGUGUGCUGGAAGAGGCCAGCUUAGGGGAGACAAGGUGAGGCCUGAGAUUUGAGACAAACCUUCCUAUGGACAUAUUAAUAUGCAUGUUAUCAUACUUCCUCUCCAGAGCCCAGUUGAGUUUAUUUUAUAAUGUUACACAUUGUAUUUUCUCCUGUACAGUAUUCCACUUUUAUAAGCCACUCGAUGUCCUGAUCAACAGUAUAUGCUGGGACUCUCGACGCUCUGUUUCUCUGUAAAUGACGUUCUAUUUCUACAGAACUGCAAACUUAAAAAAAAGGAUGGGUAUUUGUUGGUAUUUUACCGUUGAAUCAAUUCAGCGUCUUAAAUGUGUUUUUAAAUAUUUGAAGCCACUGCAUAAGAAACUAUAUAUUCAUUUCUGUUCAUUAAUGUACAUAUAAACAAAGGAGUGUGUGCAAUAUUUGCAAAGUAUCUUGCUGUGUGCGGCUAAUACACUGUAAAGGACAUGUUCACCUUCAUGCCAAAGCGAUAAGGUGCGGAACCAAAAUGAACGCCUACUGUGGGAGUAACAUGAAGCUUUUACCGUUUUAGUGUUCAAAUGUUCAAGAAAUUGUUUUAUAUUCGGACAGCGACAUGUUUUUUUGUUUUGUUUUUUUAUUUAACACAAAUUCACUGUUCUGCUGUAAACAAAUGUUCCCUUAUGCUUUAAAAUAAAAUGCACUCAUUUCUCUGGA